UUUUUUGGGGGUUUUUUGGGGGAGUUUUUAGGAUUUGUUUGUGCUUUUUAAGUGUGGAGUUUCUGGGAAAUUCUCCAAGGAGCCUCCCUGCUUGUAGCUCUUAGAAGAAAAAGGAGCAAAGCCUGGGGUGCCCGAGCUGCUCGAAGACUGAACUUCUCCAGGGGAGGAGAGAGCCUGUGGCCACAUGGCACCUCCUCACUGGGUCUCUUUUGACAGCCUCUGCCUUGGGCUCACUUGGGUGGAAGCCAGAGCCAACAAUAUUUUACCAGGAAGAAACAAUCUUUUUUAUUUUGGGGUGACUUCCUCCCCUGUCUCGUCUUCUUUUUAUUUUUUUUUUUUCAUAGUAGCAAUCCAAGGAAACAGCUGAUUAAAAGGAAACAUCCCUGGUUGAUUUCAUGGCAGGAGGUCCACGCCUGCAACAUGUUUUAAAACUCAGCCCCCUGGCUCUGUCCUUGCGAUUUUUAUUUUUUUUUUUUUGCUCCGUGAUUUGUGUUACGUGCAAGAAGUCUGUUGCCUGCCACAGACCUCGGUGAGAUUUGGGAUGGACACAGAAGGUCCCAAGGCCGUGGAAGGCACGGACAUCCCUGCAAAACACUGGCCUGAGCUUGCUGUGCCCCAGGGAGACCCUCAAAGCUGCAAUGCAGACACAAUAUUGAAUUUUCAAUCAAGGAACAAGAUGUGAAGAUGGCAUUUAAAAGAUUAGAGAGCUUACACAGCCAAUCUAUGAUACCUAAUCUAAAUAUCUAUCGUGUCUCCACUGGACUAUAAAUGUGCUCGUUGUUCAUUAUCCAGAAGAAAAGGAAAAGGCAUCAGAAGUCACGAGGAGAGAGAUGAAAUUUCUCUUUAACAGUGAAGAGCUGAGGCCUUGACCUGCUGCCUGAGCAGCUCCACCCAGGGAGAAAAUGGGCUUUGGGCUUGAUGAAGGCUGAGGAGGCAACCAAAACCCUGCUGAGCGAGCAGUGCUGAGUAAGGGAGAGCCAAGGAAAGAAAGCUGCAUGAAGACUGAGCUGCUGAAAGACAUCACCAACAACAAAGAGGAAGGGUUUAAUGCCAUGGCUGCAGAUGAAAGCGCUACAGAAAAGCAAGUGGGGGAACCAAAAAUGGCUGUAGACGGUGAAACCAACGGUUCCUGUGAGCACAGCGAGGGUGGGGGCCACCCAAACCCAGCGAAAAACACUCAGGACAACACGAAAGUGAGCCAGCAGGACUCUACUACUAAAUUAAAUAGGAUAGCAGAAAAUGGCAUUUCGGAGCGGGACAGCGAGCCUGGCAAGCAAAACCAUCUGAAAGCAAAUGACUUCACACAGACUUCUGUCACAGGGAGCAAUGGAUAUAUCCUAACCAAGCAGAUGGCACAGGAGCAGCCUCUAAGGACUACCAGCUUUGCUUCUCUCACUGGCCAUGCUGCAAAAACCCUGCCUGGAGGAGCAGGCAAAGGCAGGACUCUGGGGUCCUUUGCCCAGCUCCAAGCCACCAUGCCAAGCAAGCUCGGGGAGGGCAGUAAGGACACGGAUGCUAAAAAAGCCCCCGCUGCUAAUGCUGAAGUCAAGGUCCACCGAGCACGGAAGACAAUGCCUAAACCCACCCCCAGCCUGGAGUUGCUUCCUGAAUUGGGAUCGAAGCUGAAUCUGAAACAGCAUGUAAGUAAAGACCCCAAAGAUGGGAGAGACAGCAGAGAUCAGAAGGAAUCCAAGGAGAAGGAGUUUGAGAACAUGCUGGACUUUGUGAAGCCGUUGUCCUUGCCCUCUCUCCCGGGCCUUCACCAGUCACUACCUCAGAACCAGAGCUAUGUGGCCACCACCAAGUCGCAGACAGCUGCUGCAGUAUCUCGGAAGAAAAAACGGAGAAUGGGAACCUAUAGCCUGGUUCCCAAGAAAAAGACCAAAGUGUUAAAACAGAGAACAAUGAUAGAGAUGUUUAAGAGCAUAACUCAUUCCUCUGUGGGUGCCAAGAGUGACAAAGACCUGGGGGAUGGCAGCCCCCACGUGAAUGGGGAAAGCAUUGAUGUGGACUCUGAAGAGGAGGACUCUGAUGAGUUGGAAGAGGAGGAUGACCAUGGAGCAGAGCAGGCAGCCGUGUUCCCUGUGGAUGACAACAGGACCUCCAAGGACAGCGCGUCCGACGCAGACAACGCCAGGAAGAUCGAUGAUGGCGAGUCUGAGGAAGAACAAGAAUCUGUAGAAUCUGGGGAGGAGGAGGAGGAUGGAGACGAGUCUGACUUGAGCUCCGAGUCCAGUGUCAAGAAGAAGCUGCUGAAGAGGAAAGGGAAGACAGACAGUCCAUGGCUGAAACCCACCCGCAAGAGGAGGCGGAGGAAUAAAAAGAAACAAGGCGGUGUGCUAGGUGCUGAAGCCUACAAAGCCUCGCUGGGCAGCAGGGAGGUGCCUGGCCAGGAGAACAGCAUGGAGUACAUGGAGGUGUCCCUGGAUUCCCUGGAUCUCCGGGUGAAGGGAAUCCUGUCCUCGCCAGCAGGAGGUCUCUCCAAUGGCCCUGAAGCAAUGGAGGUGGAUGGUCUGCAGGAAGUGCCCCUGUGUAGCUGUCGAAUGGAAACCCCCAAAAGCAGAGAGAUCACCACGUUAGCCAACAACCAGUGCAUGGCCACAGAGAGUGUGGAUAACGAGCUGGGCCGAUGCACAAACAGUGUGGUUAAGUAUGAACUGAUGCGCCCGUCUAACAAAGUCCAGCUUUUGGUGCUGUGUGAGGACCAUAGAGGGAGGAUGGUGAAACACCAGUGUUGCCCUGGCUGUGGAUACUUUUGCACUGCAGGCACUUUCAUGGAGUGUCAGCCCGAGAGCAGCAUCUCCCACCGCUUCCACAAGAGCUGUGCCUCGCAGGUGAACGACACCAGCUACUGCCCUCACUGCGGGGAGGAGGCCUCCAAGGCCAAGGAGGUGACAAUAGCCAAGGCUGACACCACCUCCACGGUGUCCCUGAGCUACGAGCAGCAGAAACCCGCGGCUGUGGAGGGCAGGGCCGACACCACCACGGGCAGUGGCACUGGGACGAGGUUGUCAGAGGAAGACAAGCCAGAAAGUUCGGCUGCUGAAGGGUUUGACAUCGCUGGGUCUUCAGUUUUUCCAAAGCCUACAACUAGCUUGACCCAGGGACCAGUGAAAGAAACUCUGGAAAGUGCCCUGAUUGCCCUGGACUCUGAAAAGCCCAAGAAGCUGCGGUUCCACCCGAAGCAGUUGUACUUCUCUGCCAGGCAAGGGGAGCUGCAGAAGGUGCUGCUGAUGCUGGUGGAUGGAAUUGACCCUAAUUUUAAAAUGGAGCAUCAGAAUAAGAGAACCCCUCUCCAUGCUGCUGCUGAGUCUGGCCACGUGGACAUCUGCCAUAUGCUCAUUCAGGCUGGUGCUAACAUUGACACCUGCUCCGAGGACCAGAGGACCCCGCUGAUGGAAGCAGCAGAAAACAACCACCUGGAAACUGUGAAAUACCUGAUCAAGGCUGGAGCACUAGUAGAUCCCAAGGAUGCCGAGGGCUCCACGUGUCUGCACUUGGCAGCCAAGAAGGGGCACUAUGACGUGGUGCAGUACCUGCUCUCCAAUGGGAAGAUGGAUGUCAACUGCCAGGAUGAUGGUGGCUGGACACCGAUGAUCUGGGCCACGGAGUACAAGCACAUCGAGCUGGUGAAGCUGCUGCUGGCCAAGGGCUCUGACAUCAACAUCCGUGACAAUGAGGAAAACAUUUGUUUGCACUGGGCUGCUUUUUCUGGCUGUGUUGACAUAGCUGAGAUCCUGCUGGCAGCAAAGUGUGACUUGCACGCCGUGAACAUCCACGGGGACUCGCCCCUGCACAUCGCGGCGCGAGAGAACCGCUACGAGUGUGUGGUUCUCUUUCUUUCCCGUGGCUCCGAUGUCACUUUAAAGAACAAGGAAGGUGAGACCCCGCUCCAAUGCUCCAGCCUUAACUCUCAGGUCUGGGUGGCCCUACAGAUGAACAAGACUCUUAAAGAAUCAUCUUCUGAGAAGCCUGCCCAGAUAGACAAGGUCGUGAGCAGAGACAUUGCCCGGGGUUACGAGCGGAUCCCCAUUCCCUGUGUCAACUCCGUGGACAGUGAGCCCUGUCCCAGCAAUUACAAAUACGUGUCACAGAACUGUGUCACCUCCCCGAUGGACAUUGACAGAAACAUCACUCAUUUACAGUAUUGUGUCUGUAUAGACGACUGCUCCUCCAGUAACUGCAUGUGUGGCCAGCUCAGCAUGCGCUGCUGGUACGACAAGGAUGGCCGACUCCUGCCUGAGUUCAACAUGGCUGAGCCCCCCCUGAUCUUCGAGUGCAACCACGCGUGCUCGUGCUGGAGAACCUGCAGGAACCGUGUGGUGCAGAAUGGCCUCAGGACUCGGUUGCAGCUUUACAGGACACAAAAGAUGGGCUGGGGAGUGCGGACGAUGCAGGACAUUCCUCUGGGAACCUUCGUGUGCGAGUACGUUGGGGAGCUGAUCUCUGACUCGGAGGCCGAUGUCCGUGAGGAGGACUCCUACCUGUUCGACCUGGACAACAAGGAUGGAGAGGUUUACUGCAUCGAUGCCCGUUUCUAUGGCAACAUCAGCCGCUUCAUCAACCACCUGUGCGAGCCCAACCUGAUCCCGGUGCGGGUGUUCAUGUCCCACCAGGACCUGCGCUUCCCCAGGAUCGCCUUCUUCAGCACCAGGCACAUAGAGGCUGGAGAGGAGAUCGGCUUCGACUACGGGGACAGGUUCUGGGACAUCAAAGGCAAAUUCUUCAGCUGUCAGUGUGGUUCACCCAAGUGCAAACACUCGAGCUCGGCGCUGGCCCAGCGGCAGGCGAGCACGUCGGCGCAGGGCACGCAGGAGAACGGGCUCCCCGACACCAGCUCGGCCACGGCCACCGCGCCCUUCUGACCCCGACCCCUCACCCCAGCACCCACAUUCUGCCUGGAGGUCCCUUCCGACAGAAAGAAGACAGAGAAAAUAAAAAAAAAAAAACAACACCCACGCAGAACUACACAGAAAAUUAAAAAAAA